AUGGCUCCUCAUGUGGCGCCUACGUCUAUUUCAAUAUCGCAGAAUCACAACACAGAAAGGUCGUCAUGGGAGAGCAAACAUCACGAUCAAGAUGAAAAGUUCGAUGCGUCUCGCUCGCACUCUUCCUCUUCCUCUUCAACCUUGAACAAUCCUUCGCGGCCUACCACAAGUCAAUCAACUCCACAGAAAGCACAAUCGCCGUCUAAAAUCGCCCUCGACUGGGACGGCCCUGAUGAUCCAGCAAAUCCCCAUAACUGGCCGAAAUGGAAACGAAUCUACCAUACCUUCAUACCAGCCGCUAUCGCAUUCACAUGCGCCAACGGCUCUUCUAUCUAUGUUCCAGGUCGCGCGAGUUUGAUACAAGAAUUCCAAGUAUCCAGUGAAGUCGCACUAUUGCCUUAUGUCAUGUUUGUGCUGGGAUUGGCUUUGGGGCCCAUGAUCGCUGCGCCAUGUUCUGAGACUUUCGGUCGCCGCAUCACUUAUCUCUCCUCGAUGCCACUAUUCGCCCUGUUCACUCUUGGCGCAGGCUUCUCCUCGAAUAUCACCGGUGUAACCAUCUGCCGCUUCCUCUCUGGUCUAGCCGGGUCACCAGGCCUCGCAAUCGGCAGCGCAACAAUUACUGACAUCUGGGAACCUGCUGAACGAGCAUUGCCCAUGGCACUAUACGUGAUGACCCCAUUUAUCGGACCUGCCAUUGGUCCGGUCUUAGGCGGGUUCACCGCCACGGCGAAAGGCUGGCGCUGGACACUAUGGACCUUGUUAUUCCUCACCGCCGUCAGUCUCACGCCGACCGCGUUCAUGAGCGAGACGUAUAAGAAAACGAUCUUGCAGCAAAGGUUGAAAUCGAAACAAAAGCAAGCACGCGCAGCCGGAGAUUUAGCUGCCGAAUCAGGGUCAAAGGAGCAGGUACCUUCCACACCUCAAAAGCCCUUCAUCGAGUCGGCCAAGUUCUUUCUUCGCACAACCCUUACCCGUCCAUUACAUAUGGCUCUCGUCGAACCUGUCGUGACCUUUUUCACAAUCUACGUCUCCCUCAAUAUCGGCAUGCUUUAUGGCUUUUUCGCCGCCUUCCCAUACGUAUUCCGCACCAAAUACGGCUUCAACCUCGACCAGAUCGGAUUGACGUUCCUCGGUCUUGGUGUGGGUGUUGUCGCCGGUUGUGUGAUUCUGAUAAUCUGGAGCACGGUCUUCUACGCUAAGCAGGUCCUUCGUGCGGUCAGAAAUGGUCAGACGGUAGCACCAGAGGCGAGAUUGUGGAUCGCGAUGAUUGGAUCUGUGAUGAUUCCUGCAUCGCUGUUCCUGUUCGGUUGGACGGCGGAGUGUAGCAUCACAUGGAUUGUGCCGGUGAUAGCAGAGGCAUUUUUCGGAUGUGGAAACUUCCUCGUCUUUAUGGCCUGCGUCAUGUACCUCAUGGACUUCUACGGACCGCGCUACGGCGCCUCCGCCAUGGCCGCGAACAACCUCCUGCGAUAUCUCAUCGGCGCCGCAUUUCCGCUGUUCGCCGUUCAGAUGUACAAAGGUCUCGGCAUCGGCUGGGCGACGAGUCUACUGGGGUUUGUUCAAUUAGCACUGACCCCGAUUCCAUGGCUGUUCUAUCGCUAUGGUCCUAGGUUAAGGGAGAGAACUCGAUAUGCGAAGUGAAGAGAUGGAAAGGUGGAUGCUGAUAUGAGUUUUUGGAAUUGUAACUUUUGGCUUGUAUUUUCACGCUGCGCUUGCUUGCUAAACAUAUAAGAUAUAGACAUAGAGAAAUAAGAUACCCCGCUCACGCUUUCGAAUAAAGACAUUCCUUAUCCAACUCGCUGUGUCUCGGCGGUACCCUCAUAGAGAAGAAAGAGAAAAGAAAAAGACAGAUCAUCCAAAUCUGGAAAAAUC